AUGUGGGAUCAAUUAGCGAAAUACAAAAAUAAUUAUUUACAAAAGGAGUUAAGCCACUUAUCUGCCCAGGAAAUUAAUAAAGUUGAAGAGAAAGCAAUGCAUGAGAUUCAAAGCGAACGUCGCGAAUGUAAUCGGAUGCGUUGUAAGAAGGUGGGAUUCGCAAAACCUUCUCAAUAUUUCGAGGAUCGGGCUGUCUUGUCCUAUGGAUUUGACACCCUACCGAAAUUAAUGGAAGAUUUGGGAAGUGAUGAUCACGUUACCCGAUGGCGGGCAAUUACCUCGUUGCCGGAAGUCAUUAUAAAUCCCUUACAUGGUCAAACUGCAAUAACGACUCAUGAAAUUGUUAGAAGAUGUGCGAAUAUAUUCGUAAAAAUUCGUUUGCGCAAUGAAAACCCAAAAUACAUUGAAAUGGAAAAACUUUUGGACAUAUUUCUUGUGAUUGCUUUACAUAUGAAUGGUGGUAAAUAUAUUCUAAGAUGCGAACCUUUAAUUAAUCAGUUUUAUGAUAUAAUACGCAAACGUGAAGAGAGUGUACCAAAAGUGUCGGAUAUUUUAUCGCUUAUAACUAAAGAUGCUGAGGAUGUGCAUUAUUUACAAGAACGUUAUGAGGCUGUGACUACAUUAGCGCAAAUCUUUAGCUAUGACCUAUGCGCUCCUUCCUAUCCAGCCAAUUUAUGGAGACAUAUGGAAUGGAUAUUCGAAGCAUUCCCCCAUUUCGCGGUCGAUAAAGGCUUCUUUGAAAUCCUUCAUACGCGCAUUAAAAAUCGUUCAAGCAAAUAUCAUAUAUUUGAUAUGAAAUGUUUCGGUUUGCUUUUACGCUGCUCGGAGGGGCAGAAGCGUUUUGUGGCUAUUGACGGUGUUAAGGAAAUUUACGAUAUUCUCGCUGAUACGAAACACAAAUUAGAUACAUACGAGCAAGUGAUUUAUACAUUGAUGAGUGGCCUAUUUGCCAAAGAUACACUCUGGAGAUGUGGCGAGCUAAUCGAUAUGCUAUCAAUUAUAAUGCAGUUCGCCAAGAAUCGUCAGGAGAUUAAUACUCAAUUGUAUUGUCUUCAAAUUUUUCGUAUAUUAAGCGAUAUGCCUUGGAUUAAACGUUACAUGAAAGAGAAUUAUUACAAGAGUCUCGAGAAUAUUAAAUGCGAUACUAAAAGUAAUGAUAAGCUACGCUCGGAACUUUUAUAUAAGUUGGAUCGGGAAAUCUAUCAUCUCAGUGAAUUGCGUUUGAAUAAAAGAGUCAAGAACACCUUCGAAAUGGAUGGUAAGGAGGAAAACAAGGCAGAGUUGGAAACUAAAACGAAUUUCCGCUAA